UACCAAACUACCCUCAACAACGUUGCCCAUGCCUUAAAAUAACACCAAAACAGUGUCAGUGUCUUGCAUUCCAAACCAGGCCAUGGCUUCCGUGAUGUUGUUCCGCAGAAAGCUUAGCAAUUGCAGCAACUUUCUCUUGCACUCGCACGUGCACUUGCGCGUGCGAGGCUUCUCGGAGGGGAAGAAACAGCGCAUAGAGAAGAUUCUAAUAGCGAACAGAGGGGAAAUAGCUUGCAGGAUCACAAGGACAGCAAGGAGGCUCGGGAUUCGAACCGUCGCCGUUUACAGCGACGCCGACAAGGAUUCUCUGCACGUGACCUCAGCUGAUGAAGCUAUACGAAUCGGUCCACCACAACCUCGACUCAGUUACUUGAAUGCACCUUCCAUCGUUGAUGCUGCAAUACGUUCCGGUGCGCAGGCUAUCCACCCUGGAUAUGGAUUCCUCUCUGAAAGUGCUGAAUUUGCUCAGCUUUGUGAAGAUAAGGGUCUUACGUUUAUUGGUCCUCCAGCUUCUGCUAUUCGAGAUAUGGGUGACAAAAGUGCUUCGAAGAGAAUAAUGGGGGCUGCUGGGGUGCCCCUUGUGCCUGGAUAUCAUGGAAGUGAACAAAAUAUUGAUAGAAUGAAGUUGGAAGCGGAUAAAAUUGGGUAUCCUAUCCUAAUCAAGCCAACCCAUGGAGGCGGUGGAAAGGGUAUGAGGAUUGUACACACUCCAGAUGAAUUUGUUGAAUCGUUCCUAGCAGCACAGCGCGAGGCAGCUGCUUCUUUUGGUGUCGACACGAUAUUGCUGGAGAAGUAUAUUACACGGCCAAGGCACAUUGAAGUCCAAAUAUUUGGGGACAAGCAUGGUAAUGUUCUGCAUUUGUAUGAGAGAGAUUGCAGUGUGCAGAGAAGACACCAAAAAAUAAUUGAAGAAGCUCCAGCUCCAAAUAUUUCUACUGAUUUUCGUGCGCACUUGGGCCAAGCUGCUGUAUCUGCAGCAAAGGCAGUUAAUUAUUACAAUGCUGGUACUGUGGAGUUUAUAGUUGAUACUGUCUCUGGCCAGUUUUACUUUAUGGAGAUGAAUACCCGUCUUCAGGUUGAGCAUCCUGUCACAGAGAUGAUUGUUGGUCAAGAUCUUGUUGAAUGGCAAAUCCACGUUGCCAAUGGAGAAGCUCUUCCAUUGAGUCAAUCACAAGUACCCAUAUCAGGCCAUGCUUUUGAAGCUCGAAUCUAUGCUGAAAAUGUUCCAAAAGGAUUUCUUCCAGCAACAGGAGUUCUACAUCAUUAUCAUGUUCCAGUCUCAUCCGCAGUCCGUGUGGAGACUGGAGUUAAAGAAGGAGAUGCUGUUAGCAUGCACUAUGAUCCAAUGAUUGCUAAGCUUGUGGUGUGGGGGGAAAAUCGUGCUGCAGCCUUGGUCAAACUGAAGGAUUGUUUGUCAAAGUUUCAGGUUGCGGGUCUACCAACCAAUGUCAACUUUCUUCUAAAGCUUGCUAAUCACAGGGCAUUUGAAAAUGGCAAUGUGGAGACUCACUUUAUUGAUAACUACAAAGAAGACCUCUUUGUUGGUGGUGUUGACAAUCCAGUAUCUGCCAAAGAAGCAUAUGAAGCUGCUAGACUUAGUGCAUCCCUUGUGGCUGCUUGUCUCAUUGAGAAAGAGCAUUUCAUAUUGGCAAGAAAUCUCCCUGCGGGCAGCAACUUACUCCCUAUAUGGUAUGCUUCUCCACCAUUUAGGCUCCAUCAUCAAGCUAAGCGUAGAAUAGAACUUGAGUGGGAUAAUGAAUAUAGUAGUGGUAGCUCAAAGAUAUUGAAGCUUACCAUCACUUAUCAGCCUGACGGGAGAUACCUGAUUGAGACAGAAGAAAAUGGAUCUCCUGUUUUAGAAGCCAAAGCAACGUAUGUGAAAGAUCACUAUUUUAGAGUUGAAGCUGACGGUGUAAUCAAAGAUGUUAAUCUAGCAGUUUACACAAAGGAGCAAGUAAGGCAUAUUCAUAUUUGGCAAGAGUCCUAUCAUCAUUAUUUCCGAGAAAAACAAGGUCUCGAGUUGUCUGAGGAUGAAGAAUCCCAAUAUAAACCCAAAUUUGAAACAUCAGCCAACCCUCAAGGAACUGUUGUGGCACCCAUGGCAGGCUUGGUGGUCAAGGUUCUAGCGAAUAACAAGACAAGAGUAGAAGAGGGACAACCUGUGUUAGUAUUAGAAGCAAUGAAGAUGGAGCAUGUUGUAAAGGCACCAUCUUCUGGCUAUGUUCACGGGCUUCGAGUUACAGUGGGUGAACAGGUUUCUGAUGGCAGUGUCCUUUUCAAUGUAAAGGAUCAAUAAAAUCAUUCAUGGAUUAUAACUUUUCGCCGUGAUGGUUGAAGAGUGACGUAAUCAUUUGAACGUGGAAUUAUACGCAGAUGGACAACCGACACAUGGAAGUUGAUUACUUGUUGAACAAUCUUUGUAACCCAAAUCAUCAUGUUACAGAGGAUGAAAUGUACUUUACAAUAAUGCAAGUAGUUCUUCCAAUCAUUAAUAACAAAGCUAGGAAUUGCUUCAUUUUUAGAUAUUCUUCCGAUAGAUCUCUAAAUCUUCUUUUUCUUCUACGAUAGCUUCCCUUCUAACACUUUAAAUUAUGUGAUUGUCG